AUGUCAAUAAUAGCAAAUUCAACAAAUAAUUCUACUCAAUUAGUUCGUACAAAUUGGCCAGGAACGACUUCUACAGUAUCACCUACAAUAAAUUCCAAUUCUAGUACAACUAAUCCUCCUUCUAUUUCAUCAUCUAUAUCCCAAGAAAAUAAGACUAAUGAUUCUCCAUUAAAAUCUUCAACAUCAAUUCAAAAUGAUGAUCCCAUGUCUGAAUCAAUAGCAUUUGAUCGAGGAAUACUCACAUAUCCAUUAACAAAUUAUACUUUUGGUACAAAAGAACCAUUAUAUGAACGUGAUAAUUCUGUUCAAGCACGAUUUCAACGUAUGAGAGAAGAAUUUACGACAUUAGGUGUAAGACGUAGUGUUGAAGCUGUCUUGUUAGUACAUGAACAUAAUCUACCUCAUAUACUUCUCUUACAAUUAGGAACAACAUUUUUUAAAUUACCUGGUGGUGAACUUAAUCCAGGAGAAGAUUCAAUUGAAGGUCUCAAACGUUUAUUAAAUGAAACAAUAGGUCGAACAGAUUCUACUGAAAAAAAUAAUUGGGUUAUUGAAGAUGUAAUUGGUAAUUGGUGGAGACCGAAUUUUGAAGCACCAAGAUAUCCAUAUAUUCCUGCUCAUAUAACAAAACCAAAGGAACAUAUUCGUUUAUAUCUUGUUCAACUCGGUGAAUCAGCUAUGUUUGCUGUACCACGCAAUUAUAAAUUAGUAGCUGCACCUUUAUUUGAAUUAUAUGAUAAUGCAUCAGGUUAUGGACCAAUUAUUUCAACAUUACCACAAACAUUAAGUCGAUUUAAUUUUAUUUAUAAAUAA